AGGAACCGCCCAGUCUCACAGCAGAGCUGAGAGGCCAGCAGAGCCAGGACGUCCUAGCUGUGUUCCUGACCAAGCUUCUCCUCCAGCUGGUGAAUCCCAAGGCCAGAAUACAUAUCACUCAUUUGGCUCUUUGCAUAACUCGUGAAACAUAUUCCAAAUUUUCACUGAAUCAGUUUGACUUGUGAAAGUUUUCCUGUGCAUUUUGCCUGAAGCUCUCAGAAAUGAGUGAGGACGCAGUGACAUACUCAGAGCUGAAGCUGCCUCAAGUCAAAGAAGCGAGGCCAGGCAAAAGACAUCCCACCAGCAAAAAGAGAAAAACUUUAUGUAAAAUCAUCGUGGGAAUAAUAUGUUUUUUGGUCAUUGUGAAAAUUGCCAGUAUAGCGUAUGCGUCUUUUCAGAACUCCCGUAACAGCAAAAGACAAGAUAAAAAUGCUACCUCACCGGGACCUGAAGAUGAUUCACUCAUGCCAACCGAUACAGGAAGAGUCUCUGGCUUGCUGGUGAUGCGACACCAUUGCCAUAGAAGACAUUGCUACUAUUUAUCAAAUCAAGAAGUAACUUGGAAAGAGAGUGAGAAGUUAUGCCAGGAUAUGAACUCCAAGCUCUUGACGAUUAAUGACAAGGAGGAGCAGACUUUCAUUCAAUCAAAAAUCAAAUACACUUAUUGGAUUGGAUUUUGUAUAAGUGAAGACAAACAUAAGUGGAAGUGGCAGGAUGGUACAGAGCCUGCUGAGCAGCUGUAA